UGUACGCUGAGGAGAGAGAGGGGACUGUGUGUGUGGUGCAUUUUGCUGAUCCUUCCUGUUCUUCCCACUGCCGCCCCCCCGCCCCCAUCCCCUCGCAGCCUCUGCCUUCGUGUAUCAGUGUAACCAGCAGCAGAACUGCGGCACUGGUGAAGGGGAUGUUUGCUCGAGAGCUCCUCUUUCUAGCGCAUCAGUGAGCGCUGACAGCCCAGGAUACGGUGCCCUUAAUUCCCAGAGCUUGUCAUUGCUCGGACAACGUGGCUGUACCCGGAGCGCAGCAGGCAAGCUGACUGUCCAAUCUAACUGGCAACAUCGCCAAGGAGCAGUUCCCAUUGCCAGCGAGGUCUGACCAAUGUGCACCCAGCCCGCGGGCCUGCACCGACCACACACAGAUGGAGACUCCCACAGCGCUCGCAUCGCCCCUAACCCUGCAGCUCGCUCACGACAGGGGGCGGCAGCGGUUUGACCCUGAACCCGGGGAGCUACAGCACGGCCCGGUGCUCUCGAUCGACCAGAUACGGGCCAUCCGAGCCAACAACGACUACGUGGAGCGCCCGGCGCUGAGCGGCCCCAAGAGCAGCCCCGGCGGCUCGGCCCACAAGUGGGAACGGCCCGGCGAGCCGGACCGGCGGGCCUCGGGGUCCCAGCAACAGCAGCUGAGCCGGUCCACCAGCACCGUCAGCUCGGCGUCCCGCAGCAGCAGCACCUCGGAGCACAGGCUGCUGCUCAGCCUGACCUCGUCUCCUUCAGGCCAAGGGAUUAUCCGGGCGCAGCCCAAAGCUGACCUGAAAGCCGAGCUGAAGAAGCUUCCUGGCGGCGAGGACUGCAGCCAGCACUCGCUGCGGUGUGAGCAGUGCGGCAAGUGUAAGUGCAGCGAGUGUACGGCCCCCAGGACUCUGCCUUCGUGCUGGCUCUGCGAGCAGAGAUGCCUUUGCUCUUUGCAGAGCGCUCUGGAGUACGGCACUUGUGUGUGCUGUGUGAAGGGUCUCUUUUAUCACUGCUCCAGCGACGACGAGGACAACUGUGCCGACAACCCGUGCUCUUGCAGCCCAGGCCACUGCUGCGCCCGCUGGACCGCCAUGGGCUUCAUCUCCGCGUUCAUGCCGUGCUUGUGGUGCUACCUGCCGGCCAAAGCCGGCCUCCGCCUCUGCCAGGGAUGUUACGACGGCGUCAAGCGACCGGGCUGUCGGUGCAGGAACUCCAACACCGUGUGCAGGAAGUUUUCCAACGCACCUUGUCCGAAAGCCAUCGAAAAGCCUUUAUGACCAAGACACUCUUGCUGUCUCCGCGACCAAUGUUAACCCUGUGGAAGUUCAGAAGGCACAUUUCUCUCCAAAACAAAAAAAAGCUUUCUGAGUCAGAUUCCCGAGAGGGGAUUCUGAAGGCCAGCCCAGGACAUGCACGGGACCACGGUGUGGGUCUAGGGGGGAAAGAGGAGGGGAUUAGGGGAGAGAAUGGUUGCUAAACCCUCAUUUGGAUGUUUGAAUAGAUCCCUUCCUGAACAGCGAAACUAAAGCCACACCUUUACCUGGAGGUCUGGGCGUGCGUAACCUGCGGGGAGGACAGGGACGGUCAAUCCUCCUCAUGUUAAGCACCUUCUUAUGGGAUCUUCCUGCGUUCGUUAUGUAGGCCCAGUGAGUUCCUCUGCCGGCAAAUUCCUGUGAUUCCGUUUGUCAACUGCCUGGCCAGAGAGAAAUUGGAUGAGUCCACCUCCUGGCGCACUCUCCCCGAAGCACGCCACACAAUGGGGAUACUUGCCCUGAGAUAGAGAGGCUUGGGACUCCCCUAUCCUCCAUCAGCCCUCAUCCCGCCCCUCCAUCACUGCCAGUGUAGGGGACUGUGGAGCAGACACUGGCCGAGUGUUUGUCUGCCCGCCACUCAACUAACGGGAAAACCAUGCAGUCUGCUCUUCACGAUCGACGUAUUCAAUAUUUAUUGCUUGGCUUGGAAAUAUCGUCCACUGGAAAUAUACUCUCCUUCUCAAUCACAAACAUCGUUAUUAUUUGCGUAUUUACAUGUUCGCGUAGUUCAGUUGUAGAAGCACGUUUGAAACCGCUUUGAUGGUUUAGUUGCCGGAUUCUGAGGGGUUCUGAAGGUUGGGCGCAGUGUAGACGUGAUGUUAGUGAAAUAAGAGAAUAAAAUG